AUGGCAAAAACGCUCGCACAGGGCAGAAAACCGGGCUCUGGCCGUAAACCGGGAAAGGGUAAAACUUUGGCUCAGGGCAGGAAACCUGGGUCGGGAAGGAAACCGGGAAGCAAGGGGCACGUGAUCAAACAAAACGAUCCCCUACGAGACUUGAAUGCGGUUCUGCAGGCUCAGAUCCAAAGCGAAGCGGGUCAAACUGCGGUGGCUAAUGCAACAGCAGCAGCAGCUGCCGCUGCUGUUGCUGCUGCUUCAAUUACGGGUUCUAAUCCGUCGAUCGCUAUGCACGGCGGGAACGACAGAUCACGGUCCAGUUCAGGCUCAGGCUCAGGCUCAGGCUCAAAUUCAGGUUCAGGUUCAGGUUCAGGUCCAGGUUCCGCUGUAAGCAUGGGAUCCUCAUUUGCAGGAUCACCUAGCAAUCACAUCCAAAAACGCAAUCAGGUCAACAUGGGCUUGCCGGUGCCUGCCAACAGAGACGCAUUCCGAUCGCGAGAUAUGGCGUCUUCGGGAGUGUACUCGCCGCUGGGAUCUGCAUCGGGCCAUGUCACCACCAGCACGACCCCGUCGAUCCCGCAAUCUGUCAAUGCAAACAGCGUUGGUCUGGGAAAUGUCCCUAAUAACGGAAAUUUCAGCAGCAAUAACAACACACAUGGCACCGUUCGUGCAAAUGCGGGAAUGGGACAGUCCAGCCGCAUCCCAGGACUAGACCUAUUCAACCGAUCUCACACUCCCAACGGCAAUUCGGGAAAUAUAAGCAAUAUGCCAUCCACGUUUAUGCCUCUUCAACCGUGGGUAACCUCGUCUAACGCAUCACAACUCAUGCCCGGGUUUUCACCAUUUCUUCCCGCCAAUGUACCCCAGCAAUCGUCGCGUCCAAGUACUUCCAGCUCACGUUCUCCAAAGCUUUUUCAGGACCGUUUCGGCAUACCAGGAGAUCCAGACUCCAUCACAUCGUUUGCAUCCCAUUCCCAUAUCAACCGUGAAUAA